AUGCCUAGCUCCUCUGCGAUGGCAGUUGGCGCGCUCUCCAGUUCCCUCUUGGUCACCUGCUGCCUGAUGGUGGCUCUGUGCAGUCCGAGCAUCCCGCUGGAGAAGCUGGCCCAAGCUCCUGAGCAACCCGGCCAGGAGAAGCGCGAGCACGCGUCUCGGGACAGCCCGGGGAGGGUGAGCGAGCUCGGGCGCGCCUCGAGGGACGAGGGCAGCAGUGCCCGGGACUGGAAGGGCAAGGGCAGCCGCACGCUCUCGGGUCGGGAGGCUUGGAGCAAGCAGAAGCAGGCCUGGGCUGCCCAGGGCGGGAGCGCCAAGGCCGCGGACUGGCAGGUCCGGCCUCGCGGGGAUACCCCACAGGGGGAGCCCCCCGCCGCCGCCCAGGAAGCGAUCAGCCUGGAACUCGUGCCCACACCAGAGCUGCCUGAGGAAUACGCCUACCCCGACUACCGCGGGAAGGGCUGCGUGGACGAGAGUGGCUUCGUGUAUGCGAUCGGGGAGAAGUUCGCCCCAGGUCCCUCAGCCUGCCCGUGUCUGUGUACGGAGGAGGGGCCCCUUUGCGCACAGCCAGAGUGCCCGCGGCUUCACCCGCGCUGCAUCCACGUCGACACCAGCCAGUGCUGUCCCCAGUGCAAGGAGAGGAAGAACUACUGCGAGUUCCGGGGCAAGACCUACCAGACUUUGGAAGAGUUCGUGGUGUCUCCAUGUGAACGGUGUCGCUGUGAAGCCAAUGGUGAAGUGCUGUGCACAGUGUCGGCGUGUCCCCAGACGGAAUGUGUGGACCCCGUGUAUGAGCCUGAUCAGUGCUGCCCGAUCUGCAAAAACGGUCCAAACUGCUUUGCAGAAACGGCUGUCAUCCCAGCUGGUAGAGAGGUGAAGACAGACGAGUGCACCAUAUGUCACUGUACUUAUGAGGAGGGCACGUGGAGAAUUGAACGGCAAGCCAUGUGCACAAGACAUGAGUGCAGGCAAAUGUAG